GCUUUGCUGCGAAUAAGAGGCUUUAUGCAAAGUUUCCAAGAACCAUGUGACUUCCAGUCUAGUGCUGUAGAGGUUUUCUAUCGACCACAUCACACGUUGCUAAUUAGGCAGGGCGAGAGAAAGAGAGGGAGUGAAACAGAGCAAGAAAGAAAGAGUGCGAGUGCUGCAGUCUCUACUCAUUCGUCCGUGGACCGCCAUCAGUUCACAUCUCUCCUCUGAACACAUGCAGUCUCACAUAGCCUGAGACAGACAGACAGAUAAACAGGCUGAGAGAAAGACACGGCAGAAGACAGACUCUGAAGGAGGUCAAAGGUUUCACAGGGACUGAAGUGGCAUGGCUCAGGGCUCUGACAAUAACGACACCAGCUACACCAAAUCCCCCUCUCCGGGCAAUAAACAGGGUUCAACGGAUGACGUAAGGAAAGUGAUGAGGAGAGAAAAGAACCGAAUCGCGGCGCAGAAGAGCCGAAUGAGACAAACGCAGAAAGCCGACAGUCUGCACCUGGAGAGUGAAAAUUUGGAGAAGGAAAACGCAGCGCUCAGGAAAGAGGUGAAGAGACUCACAGAAGAGGCCAAAUAUCUGUCCACGGUCCUGAGCAACCAUGAGCCGCUGUGCACGGGCCUGAGCGGCGCGUCCACGGAGCUGCUGUACGGCGCGCAUCACGGCGCGUUCCACCAGCACAUCAGCGUGCCGCACUACCCGCUUUGACCGGCAGAGGCCGCCGGAGUUCCUCAUGGAAUCCGCCUGUGGGCGACAGUCAAUGAACUUUGGUUGAGUCAUAAACAACGUACAUAGUCAUCAGCGGGCAUUGAAAUGAUCUUAAAAUCAUCUACUGAGUAUCAGAUAAAUAAAACAAGCCUCAAGAUGAAACGAUUUUUGUGACGAUAUAUUAAUGUCAUUUUUAUUUGAUUUUUUUUUUUUGUCUGAAGUUAAAUAAUCCCAGUUCCUUGAACAAAACCUCAUGUCUGUAAAAUGCAAAUGUGUUAAACGUAGGCUACUUGCAAAGGUGCAUGGCAAUGACACGAUGAAUGUUUUCAAUUUAGAUUUCAUUAAGCCAGUCUACUGAUUCAUAUGAUCAUUUAUUUUAUUCUAUUUCUGUGAAAUGUUAAUGAAAUGACUGGAUUUUAUUCUAAGAAAAUGAUGUUGAUUGUGUAUCCUGUUCAGAGAUAUUAUGUGUGAAUGUUUUUCUAUUAUGACUCAUUGGUCAAACAUUCUGAAUGUACUUUAUACACAAUUCUAGCUGAAUAUUUUUAUUCUAAACCCGUUGAGAUCUUCUAAAGUUGUACAAACUGCUGUGCUAUAUCUCAAAUGUGGAGGAGGGAAAAUUUGUAUCUGUGAUCUUCUGUGAUCACUUGUGAAGAAAUAAAUAAAUAAAUGUAAAAUAUACAGACA